CUGCUGUAGGUAAUCUCCACGCGGGAUCGUGCACCGCGAUAUUCGGGCCGACCUCGAGCAGAAUCAUACUGUAACCUCUCUUCCCUUGUGUUCCUCGGCUUCGGAGCCAACAUGCCUCCCCUCACCACCAUCCAGAAGGCCAUGGUGCAGAGGUUCAUGUCUGCCACUGGAGCCAAUGAGAAGACAGCCCAGAGGUUUCUCAGAAACGCCAACUACAGGUUGGAUAUUGCGGCAGAUACGUAUCUGAGCUCUGGAAGCGUCGACAAUACUCGUGUCUCUGCCAUCGAGAAGGCCUACGACGAUCUUGUUGACCCGGCCCGUGGCGAUACUCGCGAUGUCCUGUCCACUGAGACCACUCUCGAGUACCUGCAGCAGAACCUCGGCGUUGAUGUCGAGAACGCCGAGAUGUUCGUCGCCAUGGAGUUGGUCCAGGCCCCCGCCAUGGGCGAGAUCACCCGCCAGGGCUUUGUCGACGGCUGGAAGGCCACCGACCUGACCACCUUCACCAAGACCUCCCAAAAGAAGUACGUCCGUGACCUCGUCGCCAGGCUGUCCUCCGACCGACUCUACUUCCGCAAAGUCUACCGUCACGCCUUCAUAGCCGGCAAGGAGGCCUCGCAGAAAUCCCUGGCACUCGAUUAUGCAAAAAUCUACUGGGGCAUCCUCUUCUCGCCACCGGGCCGGCCCUGGAAGUCUGCCUCUCGCGACUGGUCUGCGCUCUGGGCCGAGUUCAUCGAGGACAAGUUUACGCACUCCGUCAGCAAGGACAUGUGGAACAUGACCCUCGAGUUCGCUAAUAAGACCAUGGAGGACGAGGCCCUUUUGUUCUACAACCCAGAAGACUCCUGGCCUGGUGUCAUUGAUGAUUUCGUCGCCUGGUACCGCAAGAAGUACCCCCAGGAGGACAAGAUGGACGAGGACUAGCCAUUCCGCCGGUUCGGGGAAUCGCACGGUUUGGUAUGCCUAAUGUGGAAGAGACAUGAGAGUCAGGCAGUGCAGUCUGAGUGUUGGAGGAACUGGGGUGAGGGCUUUCGGAGAUGGGAUCUUCAGAGGGCCCUUGAAGGAAAUCACUGGUGGAGAAAGUCGAGAUGAGCAGUCAGGGAAGGGCCAACCACCUGUGCUUCAGCGAUGGCGCAAUAAGGAUAUUUAGAAAGGCUGCCAGUUUCUCGAACACUCGUGGAUCUUUGUCGUUGUCUCCCGUCACUUGUCCUUUUAAAAAAAGGGAAAGAGCAGUACCCAAGGACGAUGACUGAAUGCACAAUGGCCAUGCAUGCCACUCAUUUCAG